AUGCCAUCGACCAACCAAAUCACUUGCCAUUUGGUCCAUGGCACCGACCCCGCCAACCGAUUCCCCGAAUUACUACCCAACAUCGCCAUCGACGGCUCGGCAACCUGCUACGUACCUGUCGAGACCAAUCCGAACCCGAAUCCAGACUAUGGAGCAGCAGAUUUACCUUACUCGGUUCACUGGUCGAUCGAUCCCAGCCUACUAGCCACCGGUGGGAUCCAAGUCCAAAUUCAAGUUGAUGGCUGUCAGAAAGGCCAACCUAGAUCUUACGAGGGCAUUGGCCCGGACGGCUUGGCCCCUCCUGCUCCGAUCACCGGUAUGGAUGAUGGACUCUGGGUCGUCCCCGAUGGCACUCGCAGACGGCCUUGGGUAAUGGGAGAAAUCAAAACCACUCAUCCACACUCCGCAUUGGCCGACAAAUACAUCCUAGACCGAGUCGGUUCGGUCAGCGUCCUUUUCAGUCGGGCAAAAGUCGUACCCACUUCUCGUGUUGUCGCUCUCACCCCCGUUUUUAGUGGCAGUGCGCCUUUGCCAGAACGCAUGCGUGAAAAACUAAGCCAUUGGACAAGGUUGGGCUUUAUCGAAAACCAUCCUCCGGGCGCAGAACUUGGCCUCGUAGCCGAAGACAUUGAUGAAGUAAUUGCACAGUUUACAUUCUACUAUCGAUCCAAGGAUCUCCUCCAUCGAUUACUUCCGACGGUAUUCUCGUCCGAUAUCAAAAUAUCAUUCCCCACCGCGCCUAGCGGGCAAGCCGAACGGUCCAUCCGAUCCAACGAGGAUGCGGAUGGUGAGCGCCCUCAAGGAAAAGGUGGCAGCUUUGAAGCUAACCGGGCCUCAGUAUUCCGACGAGCUUUUGGUGGAAACAGCAACCCCCGUCAUAGCAUCAACGGCUCCUUACCUGUGCCUGACCAGGGAUCUGAACAUGAUGAGUUUGGUAAGCUUGGCAAGUUUGGCGGAAAGCGAGUCAGAGCGGUAAGCCUGAGACUUGCCAAACGAUACAGUUCCCUCGGCCAAAAGUCCGACGAAAAAAACCCAUUAACAGCCACAUCCCCCGAGGCCACAUCCCCCGAGCUUACUCCAAGCAAUCUAGAAGAUUUGAACACAAUCCAGGGGUUGAGAAAUGAAGUCAUUCAGCUGAGAGUUGAACUGAACGAACUCAAAAAGCACGUUCAGUCGUCGUGA